AAUAGCCGUGUAGCUAAGGGGAUAUCCGGUCCCUGGCUUACAGUUUGAAUUUUGUAAAGAAGCCUAACGAGAAGCCUCGCGCCCAAAGCCAUGAGCUGGGCGGUGGAGGAGUGGAAGGAUGGACUUCCAGGGAAAGCCCUGCAGAAGAUCCAGGAGAUGGAGGUCCAGCUGGACAAACUCAAAAAAGAAAGGACACAGAAGCAGUUUCAGCUGGACUCCCUGGAAGCUGCGCUGCAGAAACAGAAGCAGAAGGUGGACAGUGAACGCUCAGAGAUAUCUGCUUUGAAAAGGGAAAACCAGUCGUUGGUUGAAUCGUGUGACUCUUUGGAAAAAAAUCGUCAGAAGGUUGUUCACGAACUUGGUGUCAAAGAGCAGCAGGUGAGCUACCUGGAGGGUCAGCUUAAUUCCUGCAGGAAGACCAUAGAGCGACUGGAGCAAGAACUCAAGAAGUACAAAAAUGAGCUGGAUCGCUCUCAGCCUGCUGGCUCCUCCUCGCUGUCGUCAUCCUCCUCUGACCUGCAGGCGUACAGCACUCCACAGAAGAGCUUCGCAAUACCAGCACCCGUCCCUGCACAUAGACAGCAAGACAACAAACUGGAUGACCUACAGGAUAAGUUAAACCGUGAAGUGGAAGAAAGAAAAAAGCUGGAGAGUGAGCUUAAAGUGCUGCAGAUCAAGCUGUUGAAUCAGUCUUCAGUCAGCGUCAGCCACAAAGACAUUGCGGCACGUCAAGCCGGAUCGUCUAUAUUCCCAUGGCAACAGCAGGAUCAGGUCCACUGCCUGCACGCUCAGGAUAAGACGGAAACUCCGCUGAAGAGACGUGGGGCGUCUCUGUGGGACGCACACGAGGAGACGCCAAUCAAACCCAGCCAUAGGAUGAGUCCCAGUGGACCCUCCCAACACAUGGAGCAGAUGAAAACUCUCAACCAAGAGCUCCGUGGACGUGUGUCAGAGCUGGAGAGGAAUAUAUCGGCUCAGGAAAAGGAGAUCCGUAACAAUACGUCAAAGCUGCAAGAACUCCAAGCGCACCUAAACCAGGCUCGUAAAGACCUGGCUGAGCGGGGCAGAGACCUGGCCAAGGCCGGACAUGAGCUGAGUCAAGCAGCUGACAAACACCAGCAGCUGGAGGCAAAGUGUUCAUCGGUUGAGCAGAAGUUGAAACAAGUCUCAGAGGAGAUGAGCUGCCAGAGGCACAACGCUGAAAGCUGCAGACGAGCUCUGGAGCAGAAGCUCAAAGACCAAGAAAGAAACAGCCAAAAGGAGUUGGCUCAGCUUCAGAGUUCCAAUCAGGCUUUGGAUUUGGAGCUCAACCAGACUAGAACCAAACUCACCCAGGAGAUCCAACAGGCCAAAAAAGACCACAAUGUGCUCCAAGCAGACAUGGAGAAGAUGCGCAUACAGAAGAGUCAGAUGGAGAGAGAGCUAGAAGAACAGAAGCAGAAGCUGCUGCGCUCAGAACAAAGCCUGCAGGCCGCUCAGACCAAGGAGCAAGACCUCCGCAAAAAGAUGGAGGAGCUACAAAAAGAGAAGAACUGUGUGACUGUCCAGUUGGACCGGAGCACCAGGUCCGUUUCUCAGUUGGAAGAAGAGAAGAGGAGCUCGGAGCAGAAACUCAGAAGCACCCAGGGGCUGCUGGAGGAUCUGAAAGCCAAAUCCGAAGGACAGGAGGUGGAGCUGAAGAGGCUUCAGUCAAAGCUGGAGCAGCAGGCUCAGACGUCAGCAAGGGAGCUGGAAAACAUGAAGAGAACAAUUUCUGAUGUGGAGUCCAGAAAUGAAAAAUGUCAGAAUGAGCUCCAGAAGCAGCGGCAGGAGAGCGAGAGGCUUAGCAAUAAGCUGAACGGUGUGGAGAAGGAGAGCCAAGAGCUGAAGAGCAGCCUCACUGGAAGCCAGGAUGAGUGUAAGGCUUUAAAACAAGAACAUCAGGCUCUGCUGGACUGGAAGAAGGACAAAGAGGACUUGAUAAACCAAACUGAGGCUGUGCAGAAGGAGCUCACUGAUAAGAUCCUUACUUUGGAAGGCAACUUGAAUCUGAUGAACGAGGCCAAUCGUGAAAAUCAGAGCAAGAUCUCCUCCAUAGAGGCAGACAAAGCUGGUCUGUCAGCCCACAUCGACUCACUGAAAGGACAGCUCCUCAUCAAGAGCACAGAGUUGGAGGAGAAGGACCACCAGUACCAGCAGCUUCAGCUUCAGGUUACCGAGGCAGAGCAGAAACACAGCAAAGACCUGGAGAAUGUUGGGAAGCAGCUCGCUCAGCUGGAAGGACAGCUCAAUGAACUGAAGUCCCAGUUGCAGAGGGAAACCAUUCGAGCUGAGCUUGCUGAGAAGACGAUCUCUGAGCUUCAGGAGGAGCAGCAGGCAGCAUGUGACCUGCUUCACUCCAAAGAUCAGCUGGUGGAGCUGGGCCUGGCUGAGAUCAGUCAGCUGAAGGAAAGCCUUGCUCAGUCCACUGCACAGCAGGAGAAGCAAAAUGCCAGCUUUGUGGAGGAGAAGGCCGCCCUCCUGAGGCAGUGUGAGGACAGCGUUUCUGCAAAGGCUGAGGAGACAGAACGCAUCAAGCUGCAGAUGGAGGAAGUCCAGCAGGAGCUGCUGCUUUCCAGAAACAAGAUCACUUCCAUAGAGCAGAUGCUGAAGGUGCAGGAACAGCUGGGGGCCGAGCUGCAGAAACAAAUCAACACAAUGUCCAAUAAGGAGGAGGAGCUCAUGAAGAUGUCCGAGGAGAAAUCGGAGCAGCUCAGACAGUCAGAGGAGCAGCUUAAAGAGCAGAGGAGCCUGAAAGAGGAGACGGAGAAGCAGCUCAGAGAGAGUGAAGCUCGGAUCGUCUCCAUGGAAGCAGAAAAGUCUGAGCUCAACAGUCAGAUUGAAGAGAUACAGAAAAAAGUGGAGUUCCUGCAGCACAGUCAGGCAGAAAAGAUAAAUACUCUCCUGGAGCAGAUCUCUGCUUCGGAGAAACGGGCAGCUGCAAACCAAGAAGCAGCAGACGAGGUUCCAGUUUUAAAGAACAAACUGGACAUGGUCAAUCAGUCCCUUGCUCACCUCAACAGAUCUACUGAAGCUUUAGAAGAGAACCUCUGCUCUGCAAACGAAAAGAAGGCCGAUCUGGAGGCCGCCCUGUCUGAAAAAACAAAACUCGUCUCUGCUUUGGAGGAUCAAAUCAAAAAUCUGACUGAGAAGAUGCUGAAAGAGACGGAGAGCCACAGCGCCAAGAUUGAAGACCUGAUCAACAGGGAGAGAAUCCUAAAAGAGCAGCUGGAGGGUACCAAAAAUUCCCUAGCAGCAGCCACAGCCGAGUCCAGCUCUCAUCAGGAGGAGAUCCAAACCAUGAAUACUACUCUAUCUACCGCAUUGCGCGGUUUGGAAGAGAAAGACAACUCAAUAAAGAGUCUAAAAGAGAAACUGAACAGAGCAGAGGCUGAGCACAGCAAAGCCUUUGAACUUCUGAAGGAGAAGUCUGUGGCCAUGAACAAAAUUAAGGUGCAGCUGGAAAUGCUGCAGAUGGACCUGGAGGACAACGAGACUGCCAUGAACUCUGUGGAGAGUCAGGUGGAGGAGCUGAAGGGCACUAAAGCAUCGCUGGAGGCCCAGAUCUCUGACAUGGAGGCCAUGCUACAGGAAAGCAAAGCUCAGGUGUCUGUUUUAGAAAGCCGUUUAGAUGAGGUCCAAUCCCAGAACUCUAUGCUGGAGACCAAAUAUGUGACAGCCAAGGAGGAGCUGCUGGAGAGGAGCUGUGAGAUAACGCGCCUGGAGGAGGACGCCGUGAAACGGCAGCAGCUAGAGGAGAACGUUGCCUCUUUAGAAUCCAAACUGAGUCUGGUUACUGAAGAAAAUACAAAGUUAGAGGAAACACUGCAGCAGAUCAUCCAGGAAAAAGAGAGCAGCCUGAAUCGGCUAAGUGAGGAGAAAAGCAGCCUUGAGGUUUCUUUGAGGCAGUUACUGGAUGAGCAGAAACAAACUGCUACUGAAAUAACCCAGGUUAAAGCUGAGAAGGAGGAGCUGCAGGAGAGGGUGAACAGCCUGUCAGAGGAGAUCCAGCGACUCCACACUACUGUCGGAGAGUUAUCUGAGCAAAAACAGGAGGCGGAGGCAGAGAUUGAUCGGAUUGCUGCAGAGAGACGUGAGACUGAGUCUGCCUUCAGUCUGGCCACUGAGGAGAAAGCCCUGCUAAAUGUUACUGUGGGUUUAUUGAACAGUGAAAAGGCUGAGCUUCAGGAGAAGCUUUUUACAUUAACCUCUGAGAAAGGGGACUUGGUCAGCACCAUGAAACAGAUGGAAGAAGAGAAGGAUCAGCUGGAAUCCAACUACAGUCGAGUCUCUGAGGAAAACGUCCAGCUGCUGUCAGAGAUGGCCCAGCUGUCUGAGGAGAAGCAGCAGCUUCAAACCAGUGCUGAGAGGAUGAAAGAAGAGCUGGCUUCUUUUAGAGAGGAGAGCAAGCGUGUGCAGUCCUCCCUGCUAUGCUCAGAGGAGGAGCGACAGAAACUGAAGGAGCAGCUCUACGUGAGGGAGGAGAUUAUCAACCAGGAGAACAAAGAGCGGAGCCAGCAGUUUGAGACUGAGCAGGCGGAACUUCAUCAGAGGCUCUCAAGCCUCCAGGCGGAGCUGACCGUACUCCAGCAGAACUAUUCCUUACUGCUUGAAGAAACGGACCAACAGCACCGCCGCAUACAGCAGCUUACAGAAUCGAGGAAAUGCCAGAAUCCAGCAGAAAACCUCACCCAUAUUGGACCCAAUGACCAGGAAGAAAUGGUGGACGGAGCUGUAUGUGUCGAACCAAACCUAGAACUGGACCCAAACAUCAUUACCAGCACAGAGUCCAAUCCUCAGAGCGAGCCGAGCUCGGAUCAGGCUUUCAGUGAGAAAGAAAUGAUGAGGAAGGAGGAGGCCUCUGAUCAGGAGGUGCUCAGAGAUGAGUUGGAAGAGGAGGUCUCUGGGGAGAACAGCGGUGCUGGUGAAGUUCUGGGAAGUGAGAAUCUAAACUGUGAUCCAUCUUUCCCAAAAUCCUUGAAAUUCUUUGGACUCAAGUCUUCACCAGUCAGAGAUGGCAUCAGCUCUAACACAGAAAUUGGGAGUGAAGUGGAGUUGCUGCGCUCUGAGUUGGACCUGCUGACCUCGGAGCUUCAGCUGAGGGCAGAGCUGAGCUCAGAAUUGAAAGUUCAAAUUCACAACCUGGAGAUGAAGGUUCAUGCUGCAGAGGAGCAAGCUCAGGAUGCAGCUAAACAGCUGAGCAUUGCCCAAGAGGAAAAGAAGAGCCUUUCUAAUGAGGUGGCCCACCUGCUGGAGGAGAGGGAGGCUUUGACUCUGCAGCUGCAAACGUCAAAAUGCCAACUGACUGAUGUUAUGGAGAUGUUGGAAGGGCUUGAGAUGGCCAAAGGUGGAUGGGAUGAAAAGUUCCUUCAGCAGGCGAAUGAGUUAAAGAGGGUCCGCUCUGAAAAGGCUAACCUGGAGAAGCAUAUCCUGGGAAUGGAGUCUGAACUGGAGACCAUGCAGGCAGAAAGGGACAGGCUGAAGGAGGCGAUGGAGACCCAGAGGAAGACUUGUUCAGGAUUGAAGCAACAGGUGGAAACACUCCAUGUAGAGACGACCCAGCUGAGGGCUGAACUUGUGUCCUGCACCGAAGACAAAGAAGAGUUAAAUCAGUCUUUAGCACAGUGGAGAGAUAAAGUUCACAGUUUGGAGAAGACCAACUGUGACACCAGAAAUUUAAUUUCCAUCCUGGAGGUUGACAUCCGGACGGGAAGGAAAGAGUAUGAAGCUCUUCAAAGCAGCAUGAAGGGAGUGGAGGCAGAGAGAGAGCAGCUUUUGCAGCAGGUUUCAGCCCUGGAAGAAGUCAUUUCUAAAGAGAUCGGCGAGAAAGAGGAGCUGCUCAACCGUCUCAGUGAGAUGAGAGAAGAUCAUACCUCUACCAACCAAAACACUGAGUCCAUGGCUGGAAAAAUCCAGGCUUUAGAGAGGGAAGUCUGCAGCCUUUCCCAAUCGCUGGAGUCUUCUUUGCUAGAAAAAGGAGAGAUUGCCUCUCGGUUGAAUUCCACUAAUGACGAGGUCCAACAGAUGAGGACGGGCAUCGAAAAGCUCCAGGUCCGCAUCGAGUCGGAUGAGAGGAAGAAAAAGAAGAUGGGAGAGUUACUCAAAGCUGCUCAGAUCAAGUCUGACUCACUGCAGGAUCGCAUUGAUGCUCUGGAGCGAGAGAAGGACGAACUGGAGCAAAAUCUAGAGGACGCUGUGCUGCAGGCUGAAACGGCAAAAGCUGAGCUAGAAGAAGAGAAGAGAAAGGUGGAGGAAGAGAAGGAGGAGCUCACUGAGAAGCUAUCUGAGCUCUGUGCUACGCUGGAAUCCCUGAGAUCUGAGAAAGCUCUUUUAGAGAUGGAGCUGGACAAUAAGAACAUGGAGAUAGAGGAGCUGAAGGCAGCUAGGGACAAACUGGAGAGGGGACUGGAGAAGGCAGAGAUGGAUAGAAGAGAGGAACAGGAAAGGCAGAAAUACAGACUGAAAGAGAUGGAAAAAUUAACAAGAGAGGAGGCUGAGAGACAAAGUGUGCAAGUAGGAGACCUUCAGGGUAAGCUGGAAGCUUCUCUGCAGAGAGAGACCACCCUCGAACAAAAGUUUGCAGACUCUGUACGGGAAAAGGAGAAGAUGCAGUCAGCGAUGAUAGAGUUGGAGAAAGAGAAACAAAGUCUGCUGACCUCUCAAGAUUUGCAGACAGAGAUGGAAAGGGAAAACACUAACCUGAAGGCAAAUGUAGAGUCUUUAGGUGAAGAAAUCAAGGAUCUUCAAACACUUUUACAGGCUAAAGAGGAAGAAAUCCAUACUUUGGAGAAGGAGAAAGGCCUUGAGGCAGAGCAGAGGCAAGCUUUAGAUGAAACCAUAUCAUCAGUCAGGGCAGAGAAGCGACAACUGGAGGAAAGAAGGGACCAACUAGAACAGGAGAGGGAUGAACUUCAGUCCACUCUGGUGUCUGUUCUUCAGGAGAAAGGAAGACUAGACCAGGAGAGAACAGAGCUGGAUGAAGAGAGAGUACAGCUUCGGUCAAAGGUCUCAUCUAUAGAAAAGGAGAAACAAGACCUCCAACAAACCCUCUCCUCAUUAGAGCAGGGCAAGCUGAGGUUAGAGGCUGCAACACAACAAUUACAGUCCUCCCUGAUGAUGAUAGAGCAAGAGAAGAGCAACCUAUCCUCAGCUCUAUCUCACCUGGAGGAGGAGAAGGCGCAGGAGAGUGGGGACAGAGAGAGAAUCAUACAAGAACGUCAGACUCUGCAGCAAAAAGUUGCUUCCAUGGAGAAAGAGUUGGAGACGUGCCAGCAGUCCAUCUCACAGCUCAGUGAGCAGGUCUCUGAGUUGACGUCCAGCACUGCUCGUCUGUCUAAAGAGAGAGACUCUGCUCUGAGCAAAAUCAACCUCUGGAUGAAGACCUGCAGGCAGCUGGAGCAGGAGAAACUCAACCUCGUGAACAGCUCAGAAGGGGAUAGUAGCAAUGAGGAGUUACAGGCUGAGGUGACCCAGCUGAGGGCGGAAGAAGAGGAUAGAAAGAAAGAACUAGAAGAGCUGAAGAGCGCCCUGAAGAAGGAGAAGAUGGAGGCCGAGAAAAGACAACAAAGUUUUAUAGAAAAAGACAAAGAAGUGAAGGAGCGUACGGCUGCCCUGAAGGAAAUUAGAAGGGAGAUGGAGGAGAAGGAAAGAGAGCUAGAGGGGAUCAGAAAGGAGCUGGAUGAAGUUAACAGGCUUCUGGAGGAGAAGAGCACAGAGGCUGACGAGAGCAUAGAAAAAUACUGCAGCCUGCUGGUUAAAGUCCAUAAGCUGGAGGAGAGCAAUGAUGUGCUGAAGUUACGACUGGAGCAGGUUACUUCAAGCCGAUGUCCUAACGAAGCCAAGAUCCCCUCGGAGACUCGCCGGUGUUCAGCAAGACGUUCUUCCUCUAAACAUCAGGAAGAAAAAAACAAUGAAAACACAGAGAAUGCAGUUGUUCAUACAGUAGCAAGCUCUCCUCAGGGAUCCUUUCAGGGGAAACGGUGUCAUAAAGAAAUCAGUGACAGAGACAGUGUCCAGGAGGCGCUACACAACCUGACAAAGAAGCUCAAAGCCAACGGCAUGACACCCAGACCAAGAGGUGAACAGCAGGAUGAAGAGUUCAGACCAGAGGGCCUGCCUGACCUGGUGCAGAAAGGGUUUGCUGAUAUUCCUAUGGGAGAAGCCAGUCCAUAUAUCAUCAGGAGGACCACAGGGCGGCGCUGCAGUCCUCGGCUGGCUGCAAGGCAGACUCAUGCUGAUAUAAAGGUUUUGGGGCCUAUCCAGACUCCUCCUGGUUCAUCAGCAGAAACCCCUGGCAGGACACGCAUGCCUCUACAUAGCGAACAGAAACCUUUGCAUUCUCCACUGAAUUUAGAGAUGGAACCAGAAAAGAAGCAAGUUUUAGUUGAGCAAACAAAACAAGGAGAAAACUGUCAUGUUCAGUAGAUCACUGCAAACACACAGAAAUACACCAGGGUCCACAUGUUAAACUUAAAUCACGGAUCUCCUUAAAAUUUCACCUAGAAUUUUGUAUGUAGCACCUCAAAUGUACAUUUUUAUUAAUUUUAGUUUGGUGAGAAGGAAACUACACCUUUUACCUUAGCUGAAAUGGAUUUUCUGGCUAUUCUUCUUGCUCUGUAGAGCAAGAGGCAAACCAAUCGUGGAUAGAGGAGUGCUAAUGAUCUUAUUUUUAAUAAGAUCAAUCGUAUUUAUAAAGAAUCCCAUAAAAUUACAGCAAGUGGAAUGCUAUCUUUACCCUCAGUACCGCCACCACCAUCCUCACCUCCCGUUCAGUCACCUGGAGGGGGACUGCAUGCUGGAUUGGCUGGGACUGGUCUAAAAGACUUGUAUGAAGGGUAUUUCACAGCAACACCAACUGCAGAAAGAGGCUGAAAUAGCAGAAAGGGGGUCUGUCUGAACAAGUCUGCUAGACCCUGUAGAGCUAAGGGUUUGAAAUUCUGCAUCAGGUGUAAAACUUUGGUGAGUUAGAUCUGGAUGGGUUCUGCUGUCAUCAUGAAGAUAAAAAAACAACAACUUAAUUUUGAUCUUUCAUAUCAGAUUAACUUUGAUUAGUAACAUCUCUAGGUGUUCUGCUGCUGGGCUGGGGUGAAAGUAUUUACUGGAAAAACUUGAUUUUCAUAUACACAAAAAAGUAUAUAUUCUGAGAUAAAGAUGACCACA